ACUCUUCAGUUUAUCAAUCAAGAAAACUGAUCCAUAUAACUACCAGUUUAUCAAACACAUCCAAUAUGGCUCCUCCUCCUGCUGCUGUUGAAUCCGCCUUAGACUUCGGUAACAAGGCCAACAUUAAGUCCAACCAAGACCCAUUAGUCCACCAAUUGUCUCUUAACCCAGAUGUUAUUAUCAGACACAAUGCUGCUCCACCAACCCUUUACGAAGACGGUUUGACUGAAAAAGGUACCACCAUUAGUUCUACUGGUGCUCUUAUGGCCUUCUCUGGUAAGAAGACUGGUAGAUCUCCAAAGGAUAAACGUAUUGUUGAAGAAAGUACCUCCGCUCACAACAUUUGGUGGGGUCCAGUUAACAAGCAAGUUAACGAAUUAACUUGGAAGAUUUCUAGAUCUAGAGCUUUAGAUUACUUGAGAACUAGAGAAAAGUUGUUUGUAGUUGAUGCAUUUGCCGGUUGGGAUCCAAGAUACAGAAUUAAAGUCAGAAUUAUCUGUGCUAGAGCUUACCAUGCUUUAUUCAUGACCAAUAUGUUGAUUAAACCAACUCCAGAAGAAUUAGAAAACUUUGGUGAACCAGAUUUUACCGUCUACAAUGCUGGCCAAUUCCCAGCUAAUGUUCACACCAAGGGUAUGACUUCUUCUACCUCUGUUGAAAUUAACUUCAAGGACAUGGAAAUGGUUAUCUUGGGUACUGAAUAUGCCGGUGAAAUGAAGAAGGGUAUCUUUACUGUUAUGUUCUACUUGAUGCCAAUCAAGCACCAAGUUUUGACUUUACACUCUUCAUGUAACCAAGGUCAAGAUGAUGAUAUCUCCUUAUUUUUUGGUCUUUCUGGUACUGGUAAGACCACCCUUUCUGCUGAUCCAAAGAGAAAGUUGAUUGGUGAUGAUGAACAUUGUUGGUCUGACCAAGGUGUUUUCAACAUUGAAGGUGGUUGUUAUGCCAAGUGUAUUGACUUAUCUGCUGAAAAGGAACCAGAAAUUUUCAAUGCUGUCAAGUUUGGUGCUAUCUUGGAAAAUGUUGCUUAUGACCCAGAAACCAAGGUUGUUGACUACAGUGAUUCUACCAUUACUGAAAACACCAGAUGUUCAUACCCAGUUGAAUUCAUCCCAUCUGCUAAGAUUCCAUGUUUGGCCGAUGUCCACCCAAGUAACAUUAUCUUGUUGACUUGUGACGCUUCCGGUGUCUUACCUCCAGUUUCUAAAUUAACUAACGAACAAGUUAUGUACCACUUUAUUUCCGGUUACACUUCCAAGAUUCCAGGUACUGAAGAAGGUGUCACUGAACCAAUUGCCGUUUUCUCUGCUUGUUUCGGUCAACCAUUCUUGGUCUUGCACCCAAUGAAGUAUGCUCAACAAUUGGCUGACAAGAUUUCUCAACACAAGGCUAGAGCUUGGUUAUUGAACACUGGUUGGGUUGGUGCUUCUGCUUCCACUGGUGGUAAGAGAUGUCCAUUGAAAUACACUAGAGCUAUUUUGGAUGCUAUACAUUCUGGUGAAUUAGCCAAGGCUGAAUACGAAACCUUCCCAGUCUUCAACUUGAACAUUCCAAAAGCUAUUGAAGGUGUUCCAUCCGAAAUCCUUAAUCCAGCUAGAUCUUGGACUAAGGGUACUGAUUCAUUCAAUGCUGAACUCUCCAAACUUGCUGGUAAGUUUGUUGAAAACUUCAAGACCUAUGCUGAUGAAGCUACUCCAGAAGUUAAGGCUGCUGCUCCAACUGUUUAAAGAAAAUCAAUAUUUAUUUAUUUAUAGUUUGUGUUAAUUUAUUCGUACAUAUACAUUUAUUUGAUUGAUAUUUACUUGUAGAGUUUUACGGUUGUAGAUUGAUUGGUUGCUUAGACCAAAAAAAAAAAUGCUUCUAUAUGUUGACUAAACAUAAAUUUUCGAAAUGGAAUACAAAAACGGCAAUAACUUCAAUCGGAAAAACUGGAACAUAAAUUACAAUAUGUUUCAGAAACUGAUUUGUCAGACGAAAUUAUAAAUCUUGAACUGCCAAGAUGGGACCCCAUUAGAGAUAUCUAUUUUGAAACACGAGUUCAAUCAGCCAGCGGAAACCAUAAUUUUGCAUCCGUCCCGCUGUUCUAGCAACCGUCGGUUAAAAA